AUGGAACUCAUCGAUACACUUAUCUACUCGCAACCGCAAAUGAUUCCUGACGCCAUUCGUCUUCCGUACGAUUAUCUUGCUGCGAUUCCAGGCACUAAUGGCGAUAUCAGAACCCAGUUUAUCAAAAGCUUUAACGAUCUCUACUUUACCAUCGACAACCAUGAUACUAUCGCUACCAUUAGCGAAGUUAUAACUGUGUUCCAUAACUCGUCACUCCUAAUUGACGACAUUGAAGAUGGCUCUGAGUUUCGUCGGGGUCUUCCUGCUGCCCAUACAAAGUACGGGGUGGCUCUGACUCUCAAUUGUGGUAAUUUGAUGUACUUUGUAGCUCUUCAAACAGCUCAACAGAAACUCCCUCAAUACCACCCUAGCGACAACAAAAAUGAUAUUGCAUUGUCCAUACUGAAUAUUCUCGUUGAAGAGUUGCUCAAUUUGCAUCAUGGUCAGGGCCUCGAUAUACACUGGCGGGAUCAUCUCAAGACAACCAAGCUCCCGCUGAUAGAAGAAUACAUGGAAAUGAUCAUGAACAAAACCGGAGGAUUAUUUCGGCUUGCCGUUAAACUCUUGGGAGCUUUCAGCACCCCACAAGACGAGCCAACUGUGUUGGCCAUAGCUAAUCUCUUCGGGAUUGUAUUCCAGAUCCGUGAUGACCUUAUGAACUUAGUUGACGACAAAUACUCACAUAUGAAGGGCAUGAAAGGUGAAGAUUUGGUGGAAGGCAAGUUGAGCUUGCCAAUUCUCCAUUGUUUACACACCCUGACAGAGGACUCUCCGGUUAGAACACUCCUCUAUCAGAUGGAUAUGAAACAACGCCAGCAAAAUCUUCAGCUCGUGGAAGAAGCAGUGGAGUACAUGAAGGUGGAAACCAAAUCACUAGAGUAUACUCAGAAUUUAUUGCGGCUCUACGGAGCCAAAAUCAUAGAGUUGGUGGGUCCAGACACAAACUCGUUUUUGGUACAAAUAGUAGACAAGUUGCGAAAUUCCAUAUAG